CCAUCCCGGCGGGCGCCGCGCUUCCAGGCAGACGCUCUGGCCCGCCCCUCUCGGCGGUGCGGUCUCGCUGGGCCGCGGCUGACGUUGGACAACAAAGAUGGCGGCCGGGAGCAGCAACUACUGGGAAGAUCUCAGGAAGCAGGCGAGGCAGCUGGAGAACGAGCUGGACCUCAAACUGGUCUCCUUCAGCAAACUCUGCACCAGCUACAGCAGCACCCGAGACGGAAGGCGCGACAGGUAUAGUUCUGACACAACUCCUCUCUUAAAUGGAUCAAGCCAGGACAGAAUGUUUGAGACCAUGGCUGUGGAGAUUGAACAACUUCUGGGAAAGCUUACUGGAAUAAAUGACAAAAUGGCAGAAUACACAAAUAGUGCAGGAGUCCCGUCCCUGAAUGCUGCGCUGAUGCAUACGUUACAGCGUCACAGAGACAUAUUGCAGGAUUAUACGCACGAAUUCCACAAAACCAAAGCGAACUUCUUAGCAAUACGAGAAAGGGAGAAUCUGUUGGGAUCAGUACGAAAAGAUAUUGAAUCAUAUAAAAGUGGGUCUGGCGUGAAUAAUAGAAGAACAGAACUAUUCCUGAAGGAACACGAACACCUUCGAAACUCAGAUCGACUGAUAGAAGAAACAAUAAGCAUUGCCAUGGCAACUAAAGAAAAUAUGACUUCACAGAGAGGGAUGUUGAAGUCAAUACAAAGCAAGAUGAAUACCUUGGCUAAUCGGUUUCCAGCAGUGAACAGCCUGAUUCAAAGGAUCAACCUUCGGAAACGACGAGAUUCCCUCAUCUUGGGUGGCGUUAUUGGCAUCUGUACCAUCUUACUGCUGCUAUAUGCUUUUCAUUGAUGGUUGUUCCCCCAUGGACUCUGCCAAACUCAUCGCCACCAUCCCUCCCCUCCCCCAGUCAAGGCAAAGUGAGUGGGGGAAGCGACAGACUUCAAACAGCCUGCUCCUCCUGGCUGGGAGUGUCAGCAUGAUGCCUGGAGCUUAUGACGGUAGACUGCGACACUGGUUUUGGGUUGAAGCUGCAGUCUUUCUCCUUCCCUGCCAUACAUCUUCCUUCAGUUAAAUUUUUGUGGGAUUGGUUUGUCUUUAAUUCCCUUUCUCACUGCAAGGUAAGUAAAUAUGGGAUGCUUACCAGAACUGGUAGAACAGUUUCUGUACUCAGCAGUGCUGGGGAGGUCUGGUGUUGGUUGGUAAGUGGAAAAAGACUGUUACGCUUGCCUAGGGGUGGAAACUCGGCAGGAAGCCUGUUUCUCCUGUAGGCCAAGCACAGUACUGAACACUUUCACCCUGUGAGAAGAAUAUUGCAGCUUUAAGCCAGGUUGCUUUACUACUAAAUACAUGUUCUGUAAUUCUUUUUAACUCAUGGUUGAGAUACUAGUUAUUUCUGCAUAAUUUGUGCUGUGAAAACUGUGCUUCACAUAAAUUCCUCGAAGUAAAAAAAAAAAAAAAAAAAAAAAGAGAGAAAAAAAGAGGGUUGUUCAAGUUCACUAUUUGCACAGAAUAUGAAUAAACUACCCACUGAGGCAGAUCUGUAAGGUUUCUUGUGGCUUUAAAGGGACUAACAAGUCCCCCUUUGUAAAAAGGGAGCAGUGUCCUAGCAGCUGUUUACUAUAGUGUUCAGUCAUCUGAAAAGUGACCAAACAUGAGUUCACCUAAAAGUACUCUUUUGGGUGUAAAUACUUUGAUUUUGGCUGGCAUUGUCAAGGUCUUUAUAAAGACUUGAUAAGCAGUUUGAAACGUCUAUAUUGUAAUUUAGAUAAAGUUAUUCUAAUAGCAUUAAUAUUUUUACACUCUGAGUAGGAUAAAAUCUAAACUGUCAAUUGGAAAUGAAAAUUACGGUGGUUAUACCUGAGACAACUGUAUCUGUGUGCAAAACUUUUGGACGUAACUCCUCAUAGUAAAGAUUUGAAUGUAUGAAUAGUGAAACAAGUAUUAUUUACCCUUGUCUGGGGGAAAGAUUUAUUUUAUUUUUUUUUGUCCAGACAUGCAACACGAAUCCUGUUGCGUUUGCGUCUCUAAAGAAAGCUGAUGUCAGGAAUGGCUUUGAUAUUGCAGAUUCACAAAUUAUAGAUUUUUCCACUCUUUCAACAGCUCUUUUCCAUCUGUCUUAUCAUAACCCAAUAAAUUCAGACUGAGGCACUGAAAUAUCUUUCUAAGAACUUGAUUAACUCUUUUUCACAGUCGAUUUACAGUGCUCCUAACAGAUGUCAUGUAUGCCAUUGCCCACAAAUGUCAAAGAGUCUCCAGGUUCUCUUCUGAAACAGAGUUUAGCAGGAUGGACGCAAUUUUUUACUGCUUUUUAUAGUGUCUGUGAAGUAUCUGUUGGAGGGAGUAGAGACUUGUGCCUGUGUAGUGUGCAAAACCACACUGUUGCGCCUAAAAUGUUCGUAUGGAUUUGAAGGCUUAUUUGCAGACUAAUAACUUUGUGCUAAAAAGUCGACAAAGACUUCUACAGUCAUCUUGUCGCUGGGAUUAGAAAAGCAUUGGGAAUUAAUAUGUGUAAAACCAUGGGGCUUGUAUUUUAAAUAAAGGGUGAUUAUUUGGUUGA